CCAAAUCUCAAUGCAUUGCACAUAUUCAUCUCCCCACAGUCUCGCCCAGACACCUCAUCUAAGAUGCCUGUCUUCCCUCACCGAUCGCGCUAGCCCCACAUACGCUACUAAAAGCUUCCCCACACCCCCAACCCAGCCACAUCUACCCCUGCCACUCACCACCACAACCACCACCACCAUGGCAGUACCGACAUCAAGGGUCCACCCAAGCCCACGAUGCAAGCCAUCCACCCUUGGCAAAGCGCCGUUGGUGUGCUACGGAACAGGCGGGGAAGCUGCCGGCGACCUUCGCAUUCCGCCUUUCAUGGAACUUUUUCUUUUUUGACGGCAUUUGUGGAUGUUUGAAUUGUGUCUUUGCUGAAUCAGUAUAGUUUUAACAAAUAUGACGACGAAGGUAGCCGAGAAGGUUGGAGAAGCGAGGCAGGAGAAGGCGAAGGCGUUGCCAUUUCGGUAUCAGUUUGCUGCUGGAGCUGUGGCGGGGAUUUCGGAGAGCGUAGAAAGGUACCCCCUCGAUGUCGUCAAAACCCGCAUACAAUUACAGCACGGCGUCGUAGCCGACGGCCAAGGAUACAGCGGAGUGCUAGAUUGCUUUCGCAAGAUCAUACGGAAUGAGGAAGUGACGAGGCUGUACCGUGGGAUAACAGCGCCCAUAUUGAUGGAGGUACCGAAGAGAGCUAUCAAGUUCUCCUCGAACGAUACCUUCGGCCCCCUGUAUCAACGCUUUUUCAACGCCCCGGUGCUCACACAGCCGCUCGCUGUGCUCACAGGAGCCAGCGCAGGCGCGGUGGAAUCGCUCGUUGUGGUCCCGUUCGAACUGCUCAAAAUCCGGCUGCAAGACAAGACGUCGGCAUCGCGGUACAACGGUCUCCUGGACUGCCUGUUCAAAGUGGUCCGACAAGAGGGCCCUCUCGCGCUCUACAACGGCUUCGAGGCCACGCUCUGGCGGCAUAUCGUCUGGAAUGCGGGCUACUUUGGCUGCAUCUUCCAGGUGCGCGCACAGAUGCCGAAUCCUGGCAGCGCUUCGAACCCGAAGGCGCAGAAGACGGUCAAUGAUUUGGCAGCCGGGUUUGUGGGCGGGAUCGCGGGCACGACGCUGAACACGCCGCUUGACGUGGUCAAGAGCCGGAUCCAGAGCGUUGCGAAAGUGCCAGGUGUGAGGGCGAAGUAUGAAUGGGCGUGGCCGAGCUUGGCGAUUGUGGCGAGGGAGGAGGGGUUCCGGGCGCUGUAUAAGGGAUACCUGGCGAAGAUUCUGAGGUUUGGACCGGGUGGCGGGGUGUUGUUGGUGGUGUACUCGGCAGUGGUUGACAUGCUGGGGAAGGUG